AUGCAGCCUAAUAAAAAAUGUCAGAAAAAAACUUCUGAUUCGAUUAACGUUCUUGUCAUCGGUCGAUCCCAAGUGGGCAAAUCUACGUUGAUCCAUGUUCUGGCCAAUCCUCACUAUGAAGGAUCAUUAGCAACAGGAAUGGCAGAAACAAAAGAAUGUUACUCGCACAAAGUACUUUUAACAACAAAUGAAGAUGAAUACACAGUGAACAUUGUGGAUACGCCUGGUCUACAAGAAGUACGACAUGAUACAGAAGAAUCACGAUCGAAUACACAAAUUCAAAAUUUAAUUGCCACUUUUCUUAAACAUAAUAUUCAAACAUUGAAUGCUGUUUGCUUUGUUUCUGUUGCUGGCAAAACCCAUCAAAAUGAUAUGGUCAUAUUUAAUUCGCUUAUAGACUUUCUCGGUCCCACAUAUUCAUCCAUUUCUAUGUUGAUUCUAACCCACUGCGAUGGCUUCCCGAAUAGUCGAUUGGACGAGUUUAAAGAGAAGUUGACCUCGUCUGAGUACGAUGAAUGUAAAAAAGUGAUCAACUACUGCAAGCUAGGUUUAUACUACCAUGGUGCUAUUAAUCGAGAUGAAUUGGAAACGCAUAACGAUGCAAAUAUUCGUGUUAGGAUUUUGAACACAAAAUUAGAACACAUCAAACCGAUGCGUGAAGCCCUAGCUCAAAAACUCAUAGACUGUGCAAAUUGUAGUAAACCAGUUGAUGAUCUACUAACUAACUUAUGUUCAUCGCAUAAUAAUGAUCAUACAAGAAAAAAAUUGACGAGAAAUUGUCAACUUAUCUGA